AUGGCCUCCAAAGUAGUUGCCAAAGCUGCCGGAGGCGUGAUGGGCGUCAGCCAGAAACAAACCCUCCAGUCCACCGGCAUCUGGGAGCGCGUCCGCCGCGUCUUCGCCGUCGACUCGAACCGCAGCAACGGCGUGCCGCUGAACCCGUACUUCCGCAACCCCACGCCCGGCGGCAACGACCCGCUGGCCUACGACGACCCCGUGACGGUCCCGGCCGGCGACAUCGCCGACAACCCCUACUGGAAGCGCGACUCGCGCCGCAACUACCCCAAGCUGUCCUUCGUCAGCCAGGCCGACGCCGUCGCGCUGCUGGGCGUCGGCAGCGCCGCCGCCCCCAAGGCCGAGCUGGUCGGCGAGGCCGGCGAGAAGGCCCUCGUGGCCGCCAAGGAGGAGGGCGUCGAGGGCGGCCUCGCCCGCUACUUUGAGCAGAAGGGCCCCGCCGCCGCCAAGGACCUGCUGGUCAACGGCCUGCCGCCCCUGCCCAGCGGCCAGGGCCCCAAGAAGGACGGCAGCGGCGCCUGGGAGGCCACGCCGUACGAGUUGACGGAGGAGCAGACGUAUCCCGAGCAGUACCCGUGCCGAGUGUUCAAGUAG